AACUCUCACUUUCCUCCGUUGAAGGUGAUAAAAGCCACCGAAAGGAUCAGGUGUCUUCUGUAGUUCGUCAUUUAUACGCGUGAGACGUGGUCAGUUAAUUUUCAAGAGACCAUACAAUUCAGAUAAUGGCGCACAUCGUGAAGAUAUCUCUCCUGGUUGUUGCUAUUUUCAUAGCAACCACAUGCAAUGGACAAUUUCAACGACAACGACAGACUUUCCAUCAGAAUAGCCAGAGUCGACAAUUCGUACAGCCUAAUCAGAGACAAUUCGGUCAGCAUAACCAGAUUGAGCAUAAUGGGAGACAAUCGUCGGCGUCUUGUCCGGAGAAGACUGGACGAUUCCCCGUUGCAUCGCAGUGCGAUGCGUAUAUUGAGUGUAUCGAGGGAGUUGGUGAGCAAAAGUUGUGUCCGGAGGGGCUCAUGUUCAAUCCGGAAGCCAAAUUCAAUUAUCCCUGCGGAUAUCCGAUCGAUGUCAAUUGCGAUGGUCGUCCCAAUCUUCAACCCCCUCAACCCACCGAGGAUUGUCCCCACCAAUACGGCUACUUCAAAAUCGGCGAUCGUCAAAAUUGCGGACAAUUCAUGAACUGCGCUGACGGUAAAGGCUACACAUUCGAUUGUCCCGAAGGUCUGGCAUUUAACCCAGUCUCUUAUCGCUGCGACUGGCCAGACCAGGUGCCCGAUUGCGACGCCGAAGCCUUUCUGGGAUUCACAUGUCCUCAAGGGGAGAACGACGGGUUCUCCGUUGAAACAAGAUUCUUCAGAAGCCCGAACGACUGUCAACGUUACUUCGUCUGCGUCGAGGGCCGCCCCAGGCUUCAAAAUUGCGGCGAGGGGAAUGCAUUCAGUGAAUUGAUAAAUGCCUGUGACGCCGCUGAGAAUGUCACCGGAUGCGAGCCCCCAUUCCGCCGAGAGGACCAUCAGACGGGUCCCCAGCGAGUAAACCAGCACUCAAGAGCCCGAUUCUUCUGAUCCUCCAUCACAAUAAUCAAAACAAUCUACAAUUUACCACCUACUUGUAAAUAAACGCCUGACAUUAACCAUUUAUGAUGGGAAAUCCAA